CAACGAAACGUAUGCUUUCCUUCCAAGGGUUAGCGGAGUUGGCUCAUCGUGAAUAUCAGGCAGGAGACUUUGAAGCAGCAGAGAGACACUGCAUGCAACUUUGGAGACAAGAGCCUGAUAAUACUGGUGUGCUUUUAUUACUGUCGUCCAUUCACUUCCAGUGUCGCAGACUGGACAGGUCUGCUCACUUCAGCACUUUGGCUAUCAAACAGAAUCCAUUGUUGGCUGAAGCCUACUCGAACCUAGGCAAUGUAUACAAGGAACGUGGACAACUACAAGAAGCUAUUGAACAUUAUAGACAUGCACUACGCCUCAAACCAGAUUUCAUUGAUGGAUAUAUUAAUCUGGCUGCUGCAUUGGUAGCUGCAGGUGAUAUGGAAGGAGCAGUACAGGCAUAUGUGUCUGCCCUUCAGUACAAUCCUGACUUGUACUGUGUUCGUAGUGACCUGGGGAACCUGCUCAAAGCCCUGGGUCGCUUGGAAGAAGCCAAGGCCUGUUACUUAAAAGCAAUUGAGACUCAACCAAACUUUGCAGUGGCUUGGAGUAAUCUUGGCUGUGUUUUCAAUGCCCAAGGAGAAAUCUGGCUUGCAAUUCAUCACUUUGAAAAGGCUGUAACGCUUGACCCAAAUUUUUUGGAUGCUUACAUCAAUCUGGGGAAUGUCCUGAAGGAGGCAAGGAUAUUUGACAGAGCUGUAGCAGCUUACCUACGAGCCUUGAGUUUGAGUCCAAAUCAUGCAGUUGUGCAUGGUAACCUUGCCUGUGUGUAUUAUGAGCAAGGACUGAUAGACCUGGCAAUAGACACCUACAGGAGGGCUAUUGAACUGCAACCCCACUUUCCUGAUGCCUAUUGUAACUUGGCCAAUGCCUUGAAGGAGAAAGGCAGUGUGGCUGAAGCAGAAGAGUGUUACAAUACAGCUCUUCGACUCUGUCCUACACAUGCAGACUCUCUCAAUAAUCUCGCAAACAUCAAACGGGAACAGGGGAACAUUGAGGAAGCUGUUCGCCUUUAUCGGAAAGCUCUUGAGGUGUUUCCAGAGUUUGCUGCUGCCCAUUCAAAUUUAGCAAGCGUUCUGCAGCAGCAAGGAAAGUUACAGGAAGCUCUGAUGCAUUACAAAGAGGCUAUUAGAAUCAGUCCCACAUUUGCAGAUGCUUAUUCCAAUAUGGGAAAUACUUUGAAGGAAAUGCAGGAUGUUCAAGGAGCUUUACAGUGCUACACUCGUGCCAUUCAGAUAAAUCCAGCUUUUGCUGAUGCCCACAGCAACCUGGCCUCUAUUCACAAGGAUUCAGGGAAUAUACCAGAAGCCAUUGCCUCUUACCGCACUGCUCUGAAACUGAAACCUGACUUCCCAGAUGCCUACUGCAACUUGGCCCACUGCUUACAGAUUGUCUGUGACUGGACGGAUUAUGACGAAAGAAUGAAGAAGCUAGUUAGCAUUGUAGCUGAUCAGCUGGAAAAAAACAGGCUGCCUUCUGUCCACCCUCAUCAUAGUAUGCUAUAUCCCCUUUCUCACAGUUUCAGGAAGGCUAUUGCUGAGAGACAUGGAAAUCUCUGCUUGGACAAGAUUAACGUUCUUCACAAGCCACCAUAUGAGCAUCCAAAGGAUUUGAAGGCCAGUGAAGGUCGACUUCGUAUUGGCUAUGUGAGCUCUGAUUUUGGAAACCAUCCAACCUCCCACCUAAUGCAGUCAAUCCCAGGAAUGCAUAACCCAGACAAAUUUGAGGUAUUCUGUUAUGCCCUGAGUCCUGAUGACGGUACUAACUUCCGUGUAAAAGUGAUGGCUGAAGCAAAUCAUUUCAUUGACUUAUCUCAGAUACCGUGUAAUGGAAAAGCAGCAGACCGCAUCCACCAGGAUGGGAUACACAUUCUCAUUAACAUGAACGGCUACACCAAAGGAGCCCGAAACGAAUUAUUUGCCUUGAGACCAGCACCUAUUCAGGCAAUGUGGCUAGGAUACCCUGGAACCAGUGGGGCGUUGUUCAUGGAUUAUAUCAUCACAGAUAAAGAAACUUCCCCGGUUGAGGUGGCUGAGCAGUAUUCUGAGAAAUUAGCUUACAUGCCAAACACUUUCUUUAUUGGAGACCACGCCAACAUGUUCCCCCAUCUGAAGAAAAAAGCAGUUAUUGAUUUCAAGUCCAAUGGUCAUAUUUAUGAUAACAGAAUUGUUCUGAAUGGCAUUGACUUGAAGGCUUUCCUGGACAGCCUCCCUGAUGUCAAAAUUGUUAAGAUGAAGUGUCCUGAUAGUGGAGACAAUGCAGAUAGCAAUGCUGCCCUCAGUAUGCCAGUCAUUCCUAUGAAUACAAUUGCAGAAGCUGUGAUUGAGAUGAUAAAUCGUGGUCAAAUUCAGAUAACAAUCAAUGGAUUCAACAUUAGUAAUGGACUAGCAACUACUCAGAUUAACAACAAAGCAGCAACCGGAGAAGAAGUUCCACGAACUAUCAUUGUUACUACCCGUUCCCAGUAUGGAUUGCCAGAAGAUGCUGUUGUAUACUGUAACUUUAAUCAGCUGUAUAAGAUUGACCCUUCCACUUUACAGAUGUGGGCUAAUAUCCUAAAAAGAGUUCCAAAUAGCGUGCUGUGGCUAUUACGUUUCCCAGCUGUAGGGGAACCCAAUAUUCAGCAAUACGCACAAAACUUGGGUCUUUCCCAAAACCGAAUCAUCUUUUCUCCUGUUGCCCCCAAAGAGGAACACGUGAGGAGAGGCCAAUUGGCUGAUGUUUGUCUAGACACUCCGCUUUGCAAUGGGCACACAACUGGGAUGGAUGUGCUCUGGGCUGGGACUCCUAUGGUCACUAUGCCAGGUGAGACUCUUGCAUCACGAGUUGCUGCCUCCCAACUUACUUGCCUUGGUUGUCUUGAGCUCAUUGCAAAAAGUAGGCAGGAAUAUGAGGAUAUUGCUGUGAAACUGGGAACUGAUCUAGAAUACCUGAAAAAAAUACGUGGCAAGGUCUGGAAGCAGAGAAUAUCCAGUCCUUUGUUCAACACCAAACAAUACACAAUGGACCUGGAGCGGCUUUAUCUUCAGAUGUGGGAUCACUAUGCUGCUGGCAACAAACCAGACCACAUGAUUAAGCCAGUAGAGGCCAGUGAAUCUGCAUGAAGAGCCUGUCUAUGUGCCCACCCAGAACUCUCCAGGAACUGAGCCUCUCAAACACUUCUGCAGAGAUGAUGAGCUAAAAACUGUGCAUUUCUACUUAAUCUGCCUGGUACUCCGUGGCUGAAGUGAUACAUGAUGGUGAUUAGAGCACAGUCAGACUUUUUUCUUGCA